GAGGCCGUGACGUCAUUACGCAAACCCGGAAGUGGUACCUUGCAGUCAGUCAGUCGUGUUUACGGUUUUGGAUCUACGGAUGUUUGUUUCCGGGCAGCGCGUGCCCUUAAGUCUGGCUGUACGGUGUUCGGUGAAGCGCACGCUGCUGCAGUGGUGGCGAUGAUCCCGGUGUCGGUGGUGGUGUGUGUGAUGGGAGGAUGGUGCUCGGUUUAUCUCAUGGACACUCUGCUGAGGUCGUCCAGCUCGCUGAAGAUCCGUUAUGAAUCGUGGCUCUCGUCCAGCGGUGUGUCUCUGUCCCCCUUCCACGUCCGCUGGCACACCAGCCUCUUCAAUUCGCUGUUUGCCAGAUGUUCACGUCUCAACCCCCACUUCCUUUACAUAUGGUUCAGUGCCGGGAUGGUGUUUGGCGUCGUGGCCAUGUUCGGCUCGGUGCUGCUGCUCGGUCGCACUCUGCUGCAGACUCUGGCUCAGAUGAUGGCCGAGACGCCGGACGGUCCUCAUGAGCAGGUUCUGCAGGUGGUGGUUCCAGGUGUAAAUUUGCCAGUCAGCCAGUUGGCCUACUUCUUCAUCGCUAUUCUGCUCAGUGGAGUUAUACACGAGUUUGGCCACGGGGUGGCAGCACUGAGGGAGCAGGUGAGGCUGAACGGCUUCGGCAUGUUCCUGUUCGUGAUUUACCCUGGAGCCUUCGUGGAUCUCUUCACCACUCACCUGAACCUUAUCUCACCUGUCCAGCAGCUGCGUAUCUUCUGCGCAGGUGUGUGGCACAACUUCAUGCUGUGUGUCGCGGCGGUGUGUUUCCUCCUCCUGCUGCCGCUCCUCCUCUUCCCGCUGUACUACACCGGAGCAGGAGCGCUCAUCACCGAGGUGGUGGAGGGUUCUCCGUCGAGUGGACCUCGCGGGCUGUUCGUGGGAGAUCUGGUGACUCGGCUGGAGGAGUGUGAGGUGAGCGGGGUGGACGACUGGCACUCCUGCAUCCAGCAGCUCUCGCACCAGCCCCAGAGAGGAUACUGCGUCCACCACGACACCCUGCAGCUGAACCGUGACUCCGGCAGAGAGUUCAGGCGUCUGGACGGAACAGUGGAGUGCUGCAGCAACAACAGCCUGACUGACCUCUGCUUCUACUACACCACUGAGAUUAAUAACAAACUGACACAGUUUGCAUGUUUAGCGGCUCGGAAGACGAUCCAGGCAAGCCGUACGUGUCGCAGUAACUCGGACUGUGAGGCGGACGUGACUCCUAGCGUGUGUGUUAUCCCGUCACUGGAGAACCAGACUCGACUGAUCCGGGUGAAACACCCCCCGCAGGCUGACAUGCUGUUUGUGGGCUACGUGUCGCACCUGCAGUACUCGGUGAGUCUCACUAACUUUGUCCCUCGACUUGGUUUCCUUCACCUCGACCUGCCGGUGAUGCUGGAGACGCUGUGCAAGUACCUGGUGUCGUUAUCCGGCGCUCUGGCCGUGGUGAACGCUGUGCCGUGCUUCGCUCUGGACGGUCAGUGGAUGCUGAAUGCUUUCCUGGAGGCCACGCUGAGUUCCCGGCUCCCGGAGAAGAGCAGCCGCGAGCUACUGGGGUUUUUCAUCCUGCUGGGGGGCAGCGCUCUACUCGCAGCUAACGUCGCUCUCGGAUUAUGGAUGGUCACGGCUCGAUAACGGACAGCUGCCUCCUCCAAUCCGUGAUUAGGGGGAGGGACUUUUUUUUUUUCCUCCAAAAUAAUUCACCACAAACUUCCUCAUGAUGAGUCCUGUAACGGUUCUCUAAAGUUCCUUUAAAGGUUCACGUUUUGAAUCUUUUACGUUAUUCCCUAAAUGGAUUUUUUUUGCUGCAGUAUCCUUAUUUCAAAACGUGUCUAAAAAUGACGCCUUGCUCACUACAAACAUCAGCGUGCACAGCUUCCAGAAGGUUUGCUCUGUGCGUGAUGUACUGAACCGGGUGUGGUUUCAGACGUGCACGCUGUACAGAGUUUUAACAGAAACCUGCCAACCCUGAAGAGGAAUGUAAACUUCUCUACAUCUAGCUUCUACAUCUUAACUAAAACGGAAGAGCGGCACGUUUUCCCCAAGGGCCUGGUGGUUACUUCAAAUAGCAGUGUUGAGUGGUGUUAAUGAUGUUCUAAUUAUCAUCACAGUUAAAAUUGUAUGUCAGAGGAAAUUAUUAUCGGAGAGUUCAGAACACCUAAACAACUCUCAGUCAUUCUGGAUUCGUGCGUUGAUCUGCCAUUUUGCAGGUGGGAAAGUUGGCUGCCUGUGUUUGAGUGUACUCUGUACUCCCAUGUUAAAAUGCCGUUCUCCUACGCAAAACUCAAAGUUUGGCACAUCUGGAAAUGUUCAUGAUGAUCAUAAAAUAUUGUUUUAUUUA